AGUUUUCUUUGUGUACGUCUUCGGCGAUGCUUUGGGCGCAAGCUGUGAUGAAGAACACCCCUGCCUACAUAUUGACUGUCCUUUCAAGUGUCUCCUCUUUCUCUUUGCGGCUAGAGGCGUCUUUUUGUGUGCCAGCUCGCAACUAAAUCGUUCCGCCACAUAUUCAUAUAUAUAUUCUACUGCGUUGUCUUCGUUUGUUUCUCAGUUGAUCUGGUCAGCUUUGACCCAACUCACCAGGUUUGCUGGAGCACGAAGCUUGGGCCCCUUACGAUUCGCAGAUAGAUCGACUCCUCCCGUUGCGCUGCGCCAUCAGCGCACAGCGGUUGGGUUUUCUCUCCUGCCCCUCUUUCUUCUUUCUUCUUCUUACCCUUCACCAUGGCCACCACGGAAGCUCUUUGCGAGUACGUGCGCGAGUACGCGGCGUCCCGUCUGCGCGACCCCGUCAUGGUGAGCUGGGUCGGUGGCAGCGUCGCCCUGCUCACGACGAUGUACGCCACGUCCAGCGGGCGGAGGAUGGUGCAGGCAGCGCCGCCGCCACGUGUGCGCAACAUCGUCAAGACGAUGGUGGAGGAGGCCAAGGCGGCCCCGCCAUCCCCCUCGAAAGGCACUGCCCCUGCGCCGGCCGUCUCAGCCCCUUCCUCGCCGGCCUAUCCAGCCUUGCGCGCCGCGGCCUUAUCGGAGGCGAUCAACGCGGCCACCGCGGCCGUCGUCCGCCACGCGCGCGACCCCGAGGAGGUCUCGAUGCUGCGUCACUUUCUGCACCUCCUGCGCAUCGCCAUCCCCACCGCACACGGCCGUGAGGCGCGGAGCUUGGCGCUGCUCUUUGCCCUCAUGAUCACCCGCGCCUUUGUGUCGGUGCGGAUUGUCGACGCCAGUGGUAUUGUGAGCCGCACCGCGAUCGAGGGCAACCUGGGCAGGAUGUUUAAGGCCUUGAUCACCUUUGGCCUCUCCUGCGUGCCGGCGGCCCUGCUGAACGUGACGCUGGACUACUACUCCGAGCUUCUGGAUUUGCAUUUCCGCGAGAAUGUCACCACCUAUCUCACUGAGCGUUACUUGAAGCGGCGGGUCUUCUUCCAGCUGGCGGGUCUGCACGCGGUCGACCACGUGGACCAGCGCAUCACCGAGGACGCACGCAACUGGUCGCGGGUGGCGGCCGCCCUCUUCACCAGCAUCCCGCGCCCCUUCAUCGAGGCGGUCAUGUUCACCUACACGCUGUACAAGCAGACCGGCGUAGUCGGCCCCACCGCCACCUGGGGCUACUACUUGGGCUUCGCCGCGUGGGUGUGGUUCUUUGCACCCAAUAUGGACUGGCUGGUGGGGCAGCGGAUGGAGAAGCAGGGUGCCUUCCAGGCGGCUCAUCAGGACGUGCUCACCCACGCCGAGGAGAUCACCAUGACGCGGGGCUUUCCCUUCUACGAGAAGCUGCUCCAGAGGCUCUUCAAGGCCGUCACGGAUCAGUCGCGCUACGCCGCCUACGUGUACGCCCGCUUUAACUUCACGGAAAUCAUGUACAACAAAUACGGGUCGGUGCUGAUGGGCUACACCAUCUGCGCCGUGGCAGCCAUUCGGCAGAAGGCGAUCGCCAGCACCGCUGAGGACGCCGCGUCGACGCUGACCAAGGCGGCCUACACUUUCAAGACCCUCGCGACGGCCGUUGGGCGGCUGCUGUGGAACAUCAAGCUCAUCAUGGUCGUCGGCGGCUACACCCGCCGUCUGACACAGUUCAUCAUCGCGCUGGAUCGCGCCGAGAAGCUAGCGGAGCUGCAGACGGACCGCACCGCGCAGUCCCCCGCCACGCGUGGUCCGACGAAGUUCCAGCCGACGAAAGAGGGCGGCGCCCCGGAGGCGAGCUUUGAGGACCUCUUUGGACGCGUCGUGCGGGACGAGCACAUCGAGUUUGUCGAUGUGCCGCUGAUUCUGCCGACGGGCGAGUGCCUAUGCCAGUCCAUGUCGUUUUACGUCAAGCCGGGGAUGAAUUUACUCAUCAUCGGCCCCAACGGCUGCGGCAAGUCGUCGACCUUCCGCCUCCUCGGGGAGCUGUGGCCACUGCGUGGCGGCCGCAUCAUCAAGCCCGAGGCGGGGCAACUCUACUACGUGCCGCAGCGCCCCUACAUGUUUGACGGCACUCUGCUCGAGCAGGUCAUCUACCCCCUCAAGCGGAAGGACCUGACGGUGGGGGAGUCGGAGCUGUACGGCUACCUGCAGAUGGCCGGCCUGGACUACAUCUUCACCAAGUCGAGCAUGUCCUGGGAGACGCGGCUGUCGUGGAGCGACGACAGCCUCUCCCUUGGUGAGCAGCAGCGGCUCGCCAUGGCCCGCCUCUUCUUCCACCGCCCGCGCUUCGCCAUCCUGGACGAGUGCAGCAGCCUCAUCGACCUCGACGUCGAGCGGCAGAUUUACAACCGCUGCGUGCAGCUCGGCAUCACCGUCAUCACGAUUGCGCACCGCCGCAGCGUGUGGCAGUACCACAACUGGAUCCUCUACUUCGACGGAAACGGCGGGUACAUGUUCUCGCCGCUGCAGUUCACAGAUGGGGCCUCGGCGCUGGUGCUGACGUGCGUCAAGUCCGCGACGGACGCCUCGCAGGUCGGGAAGGAGGUGCGCAUUCCCGUGACGGACCGCCUCUGCACGCCGGGAGACGCAAGUGAGGUGCCUCAGAACGGGGAUCGACCUCCCGCCGCGGUUGCUGCCCAUCCACAACUACGCAGUGUGUCGCCGAGGACGGUUGAGCUGGCGCUGCCACCAACGAGAGGCGCUCGAGAUGAGCCGGCGACGAGGACGGAGAAGGAGGAAAGCAAGGAAGACGAGAGCAGCACCUCUGCUGAGGCACCGGCCUCACCAUCCGAUGAGACGGCGUCGCCGACGGGACCGGCGCUCCAACGAGGACGUCGCAACCGCCACCGCAAGGGUGGGUCGGUGAAGGUGAAGAUCACCGCCCCCGGCGAGAACGGCAGCACGGAAUGA